UUACCGGAGAAAUUGUUGCAUUGCUUGCCGAGGAAGGAGAGGAGAAGAAGAAACGGGAAGGACGAGAAUUUUUUGCCUUUUCCUUCCUCAUUAGGGCUUGCAGAUUCCCUCUUCAAAUCUCCCUCCCUCGGAAGAUCCAUCUCCGAAUCGCUGUUCUUGUUGCAGACUUAGGGUUCCUUUUGCUGAAAUUUCGUACCUCGGAAGGCGAGGAUGGAGGGCAUGGAGCAGUGGAAGGUUCAGGUGGAGAACUGGACCAAUCAAUUGAACCAGUUGCUGGGUCAAUUGCUCGAGCAGGUUCACCAGGUUCCCCCGGCUCAGCUCUAUGUCGCCAUCGCUGUCUUGGUUUUCACGGUUGUCGUCCUCCUGUCAAUUCCGUUGUUUAAGCGCAAGAAGUCUAACACCAUUGUGCUCACUGGACUCAGCGGGGGCGGCAAGACUGUUCUCUUCUAUCAGCUUCGUGAUGGCUCUUACCAUCAGGGUACUGUGACAUCAAUGGAACCAAAUGAGGGAACUUUCAUCCUACGUUCAGAAACUACCAAGAAAGGAAAGAUAAAGCCUGUUCAUCUCGUUGAUGUUCCUGGACACUCUCGCCUACGACCCAAGUUGGAGGAGUUCUUGCCUCAAGCGGCUGGCCUAGUGUUUGUUGUAGAUGCUUUGGACUUCUUACCAAACUGCCGUGCUGUUUCUGAGUACUUGUACGAUGUUUUGACUAAUGCAUAUGUUGUCAAGAAGAAAAUCCCUGUACUCAUCCUCUGCAACAAAACAGAGAAAGUGACUGCACAUACCAAGGACUUCAUCCGAAAACAGAUGGAGAAGGAAAUUGAUAAGUUACGGCAGUCAAGAAGUGUGGUAUCAGCAGCUGACAUUACGAACGACUUCACACUCGGUGUGCCAGGAGCAGCAUUCACAUUUUCUCAGUGUCAGAACCGAGUCACAGUGGCGGAAGCCUCCGGUUUAACGGGGGAUAUAUCUCAGGUGGAGGAGUUCAUCAGGGAACACGUAAAACCUUAGCUGGGUUCUACGAGAGAUCCUGAAUCGGUAUUCUCAAGCAUUCAUCAGUAAUACAGAAACAGGAGGAGGAUGAGGGACAUGAGCGAGAUGAAUUCCAGCAUCUUUUGUAGGCAUGUUUAGUGUGAUCAUCUGUCAACUAUGUCUAGAUCGCGAGAGAACAAAUUGUGAAUGGCUUUUUUCGGAUUAGAUUUUAGUAUCAUUUUGAACCAUUUAUGGGAAUCAUAUUACUUGUUCAGUAAUUGCAUUUGCUUAUAUUUUGGCUUGGUGGA